AUGGAUUGUUUUGGCGAAGAGACCAGGGAAGAAGGGGCGAAAGACGCAGGUGAGGCCGGGGUGCCUCAGAACGACGCCCUUUAUACGUUGGCCGAGGAGGCGGAGGUGGUGCGCGAGCCAGUGCGCGACGAACCAGAGGGAGUGGACGGAAAAGGCAGGGCCAAGUUGGUACCCCGAUGUCCUUUCCUCAAGUCCUUUUCCUGGGGCCUCCUCGAGCUGGAAGAUGGGAAAUGUGUAGAAAGUCCCAGCAAGGGGCAGGAAGGUGAGGUUUUGAGAGGCGAUCAGAGUACAGUUCAGUACGGUAGCAGGACAGGACAGCAGCAAAGCGCAGCGCAGCGCAGCACAGCACAGCACUGCACUGCACAGUACUGCACCGAACUGAACCGAACCGUCAGCAAAACAGUCACAGCUUGCGCGGCCGCACACUUCCUCACGCCCGUCUUAGUCUUCUGGGAGUUGGAGGAUCAAGAUGACAAAUCCCAGUCUCGGAGAAGUCUGACCUCCAGGAACACGGGCAGCGGCAAACACGAUGACGAUGCGGUGUAA